AAACACAACCGCAACACAGCCCCAACGCGCGGCUGCUGGAGAGGGUGGGUGGCGUGCGGCUGUGUGUGUGGGGGGGGGUGGUGUAGCGAGUGUGUCUCGCACAGACGGCUCGCGGCGCCAGCGAGGCAGGGAGCUCCGUUGCUCGGCUGGGGGCGAAGCGAGAUCGUUGCGAAUCCUCGCGUCGGAGACUCCGCAGCCGGUGCUCCCGAGUCGCGUCGUUUUAUCCUGGUCACCGGCCCGCCGGAGCAGCACGUUACCGGUGAAUGUCUCUUGAGAGAAAGUUCUUUGGAGUACGUGACUCGAGCGGCAUGCGUGCUUGUUUGUUUCGUUGCCUUUACUCUGCUCGGGCCAUCUUCAGCUCGGACGGCCGUCGCGUUUGUGGCGUUUGCUGCAGGCCGCGUUGGUCGGGACAAGGAGCAGCGGUUUUGAGUUCGCCGCUUUACGUGUUUAAAAUGCAUAAUCCUAAAUGUGUUCUUGAAAACACACGGUAGCGGUGUCAUGAAUUUGUUUUAAUUUUACAUUAGCUGUAGCACUGAGACAAACGCUGGCCUAAGACAAAUCAAAUUCGCUUCAAUAAGUUGGUCAUCAAAAAAAAGGAUGCCCGGACCUGCAGACGUGUCACCGGACGGUGUUUGGCGUCCCAGCCACAACAGGUGUCACGCGUGUGCCGUAACGGCGUGCGCCCGCUGAUGCGCCCGACAACCACGACAGCAACGACCGUCAUCGCAGGGGAUCGUGACGAAGGACGUUAUGGAUGUGCAAGGGCCGGACCGUGCAGCUGUGCUGAACUGCGGUGGCUCCAGAGCUCUGCGACCGCAGCCGGCGUCGCACAAGAGGAAGACCGUCUUUUGCAUUCGCCUGACCUUGGUGAAGAGAGAGUGCCUGCAUGAGAGCACGAGAGAGGGAGACAUUUUUGCAGGAGCAGCUGCUGUUGCUGCCGCUGCUGCCGAGGCCGUGGACGGUGUGGAAAUUGGAGAGACUAAGGUGGAGAGGUGUGAUGGUGUUGGGAGGUAUCCGGUGGCCACGGUUGCUGAAAGAGCAAGAGCGGAGCGUGCGAUUAAACCAGACGGCGGCGGAGAAUGUAAACAGCUCUCAAACGGGGUCUGCGUUGGGACGUUGACAGAGGAGAACGAUUUGGACGAUAAAGUGACACGAGUCUGUGCUUAUAGCAAUGGCACUGCCGGUAAAUGUAGAACUGCUAAUGGUGAAGAAGGUGAAUGUGGGAUGUCUCGCAGUUAUGGACAUUCUGGUGACAAAUCAACGAAAACUCUUGGGAAAUUGCCAAACCAAAAUAUCCACACUGCGGAUGAAAGCGACAGACACGAAGUGACAUCUGCAUGGAAGGUGCCACCUUCAGGAGUUUUUCCUGCUGAGUGCUUCACCACUAACGGAGAAUCGUUGGCACCGACACCUCGCCAACAAAUUGUGAAUUGCCAUGGGUUCCACUCGUUCAAUCGCCAAAAGGGGGCAGCAGUAGAUGGGCGGGACUGCGUCUUGAACAUCCCCCAGAUCUGUAUAGACACAGGCCACGCUCCGCGGCCCGAUGAGAUCGGAGAAGCGACAUUGAGAAAAGAGCGGCCCUGUCGCGUCUUUGCAAACUCCACGUCCGAUCGUUCGCCCCGCGCGGCCGGCGGCGGGCGGCGUGCGGACGACGCUGGUUUGGAGAGCGGCAGCGCAGAAGUGGACAGCGCCAGCGAGCCAGACGAGAGCUCGGACGCGCUCCCAGAAGGCAAUGCGGGCACGCUGCUGCAAACGCCUCGGCCAGGACGCGAUAACAACGGCGACGAUGUCGCCGCCGAUGGCGUGCGCGUCGUCCUCCAUCGUGCCGGAUGCGAGACGGGCGCGCAAGCGGAAGUUUGCGCGAGGGUGGUGAAGGGCUCGGAGCAGCCUCUGUUGCGCCACUCGGCCGAGUCCAACGGGGCUGAUGCUGCAGAUCGUGAGAUGUCGUCUGCAUUUGCGCGCAGCAAAGGGGAGGGACGGGAAUGUGAAGCGACAAAUGUUGGGGUCACGAAUAUAAUCAAGGGAGACGUUGAGAUGAGCGAUCUAAUUGUUGAUGCAUGGGCCCCUGUGUUAUUCUUGAAUGGUGAGAAGGUGGAGGCACUGGAUCGAGGCGAUGUGUUUAAUUCGCAGUCUCAGCCACCUUGUCCACGUACAGAUGAGGUGUGCUUACCGUGCACGAGAGACAGUGAGUCGCUCUUGGAGCUCAACGGCCACGGCAUUGGUCACGCGGCCGUGAACCACUCUCGACUCCUUAUUGACCCAACAACGAACCGCAUGCCCCCCACCGAUUGCGAUUGCGUCUUGGAAACAUUAGACGGUUUUAUACCUCUGCAGCCAAAGACACAGUUCGACGGCGAGCUCUCCAAGUCUCCGUUCGAUUCCCCGCACGGCGCGAUCACGGAAGACAAACACGCACACGUGAAGCGCAGGACCCGCUCCGCGUUUGCCCCUCGGAAUUCACCAGACGACGGCGUUUCUGUGAAAUGCGCGAGGGAUCUGCCUGCGAGGAGCGCUUUGCCAGGAAGGCAACGGAGGCCGGCGAGCAUGGUGUUUUUCAGUCCCUUUGGUCGGGGGUCGAGGCAGGUGAUAGGCGAGCGGUCGUCCCCCGGGGGCACGGAGAGGGAGGCGUGCGGCAAGUGCCACGCUUGCGUCACCAGCCAGCACGAGAACGGCAGAAUCAAAUUCCUCGCCGCCACCUCAAAGCCGUGCGUGAACAAGCCGCGGAAAAGUUUUAGCUUUCGGCUGCUGGGCAGCAGGGAGGCCAAAAAUCGGCUGCACGCAGACAUUCUGAGUAAAGCUGACGGGGAAUCGAGCUCGGCGGAGAAAACCGCCGAGGGCGGUGACGAGCGUUGUGAGCGAACGGGCCUGAGUUCCGAGCGUUUGCGGGACAAGCGAAAAACCGUCGACGUCGGCGAGGUGAUGAGCAAGGCGGACGGGCUGCUGCUGCUCCUGCUGCACCACAACCAGCACCACCGCGGCCACUCCGCCAAAGUGAGAGCGACGCCAAAAUCCGCCUCCGCCGACUUAGAUGGGAAGGAUUUGGCAGGCAGGCGCAACGCGAGCGCCGCUUCCGCGGGCAUUUCCGAGGACCAGCACAAAUUCAGAAGGUUCUUCAGUGGCUUCCUGGGCCUCAGGGACUCGGGAUCGCACCUCUGGUUCGCCGGCGCUGGAGGUGCGGAUGGCGACGCCGAGAGGGUUCCGGAAAAACCCAACGCGGAUCCAGACGGCCGCGUCUACGCCGCUGCUCGGCACGCCGAGUCCCUGGGGGGUGCGAGCGUCGAUGGCACGGGUGACUUCAGCACCACCUCUGAGGAUUCAUUUGUGAACAGCCAGGAGUGGACGCUGAGCCGCGCCGUGCCGGAGCUAAAAGUGGGCAUUGUGGGUAAUCUGGCAAGCGGGAAGUCGGCCCUGGUUCACCGCUACCUGACGGGGGCGUACAUGCAGGAGGAGUCUCCCGAAGGAGGUCGCUUCAAGAAGGAGAUUGUCGUGGAUGGGCAGAGCUACCUGCUCCUCAUCCGCGAUGAGGGAGGUCCCCCAGAGCCACAGUUUGCAUCGUGGGUGGACGCGACCAUCUUCGUGUUCAGCCUGGAGGACGAGAUCAGCUUCCAGACGGUGUACAACUACUACAGCCGCCUCGCCAACGUGCGCAACAUCGCCGACCUGCCACUGCUGCUGGUUGGAACGCAAGAUGCCAUCAGCGCCACGAAUCCACGCGUGAUCGACGACACACGUGCACGCAAGCUCUCCAAUGACCUCAAGCGCUGCACCUACUACGAAACGUGCUCCACCUACGGCCUCAACGUGGAGCGUGUCUUCCAGGAUGUGGCUCAGAAGAUCGUCGCGUCCAGGAAGAAGCAGCAGGUCUCCAUCGGGCAGUGCAAGUCGCUGCCAAACUCGCCCAGCCACACGUGCGUCUCGUCGGCGGCGAUGCCGCCCGUGCACGUCAACCAGGUGACUAUAACGAGCAACAGCACCGUUGGCGGGGGCGGCGGGGGCGGCGCCAGCGACUGCUCCUCGUCGAUGCCGUCCACGCCCAGCACGAGCCAGAAGGAGCUGCGCCUGGAGACGGUGCCCUCCUCCUCGGGCACGCCGACGCCCGUGCGCAAGCAGUCCAAACGCCGCUCCAACCUCUUCACGUCACGGAAGGGCAGCGACACGGAGAAGGAGAAGAAGAGCGGAGAAGGGAAGUCCGAUAACAUCGGCAGUGGCAGAGCCAUCCCCAUCAAGCAGGGAGUUCUAUUGAAGCGCAGUGGGAAGUCGCUCAACAAGGAGUGGAAGAAGAAAUACGUCACCCUGUGCGACAACGGCAUCCUCACCUACCACCCGAGCCUGCACGAUUAUAUGCAGAACGUGCACGGGAAGGAGAUCGACCUGCUGCGCACCACGGUGAAGGUCCCCGGUAAGCGGCCACCGCGGGCCUACGCGGGGGCCCCCGGGUCCAGCCCCAAGGAGAACGGUCUGACCAAGGACCCCAGCAACACGCAGCUGUCCACCUCGGCCUCCAUGGGUGUCGGCGGCGUGCAGGCCGAGCGCUCCACCAGCGGCAUCAACCUCGUUUCGUUCGUGGCACGGCCCGAGGGUCUUCACCAGCGCUCCUUUUCAGUGUCGGGUGCCGAGCAGUGGGGCGAGGCUGGAGGCCCGGCCGGCGGUGGGGCCGCCCUGGCCAACGCUGACGGCACGUGCGACUCCCUGGGCCCUGGGCUGGCGCCCUGCGCCACCACCAGCCCCAAGCUGGAGCCGCCUGCGUCGCCGCACGCCAACCGCAAGAAGCACCGGCGGAAAAAGAGCGCCGCCAACCCGAGGCCAGACGGCACGGCCAACAGCGCGGAAGACGCGGAGGAGUCGUUUGAGUUCCUCAUCGUGUCGCUCACGGGGCAGAGCUGGCACCUGGAGGCCUCCAGUGCGGAGGAGCGCGAGGCCUGGGUCCAGGCCAUCGAGAGCCAGAUCUUCGCCAGCCUGCAGUCCUGCCACAGCGCCGGCAGCAAGACGCGGACGGGAAGCCAGAGCGAUGCGGUCACGAUCCAGUCGAUCCGGAACGUGCGCGGGAAUUCUGUGUGCGUGGACUGUGACGCCCCCAACCCGGAUUGGGCGAGCCUGAACCUGGGCGCCCUCAUGUGCAUCGAGUGUUCGGGGAUCCACCGCAACCUGGGCACGCACCUGUCGCGCGUGCGCUCGCUCGACCUGGACGACUGGCCGCUGGAGCUCGCCGCCGUCAUGCUGGCCAUCGGCAACGCCACAGCCAACGGCGUGUGGGAGGCCGACACGCGGGGCCGUGGCAGGCCGCAGCCAGACUCGCCCAGGGAGGAGAAGGAGCGCUGGAUCCGAACCAAGUACGAGAGCCGCGCGUUCCUGGGGGCGGCGCCGGCCUGCGAGGUGCCGCUGGGCCAGCAGCUGCUGCGCGCCGUCGUGGAGGACGACCUGCGCACCGCCGUGCUGCUGCUGGCCCACGGCUCGCGCGACGACGUCAACGACACGUACGGCGACGGCGACGGACGCUCGGCGCUGCACCUCGCCUGCGCCAUGGCCAACGUCGUGCUGGCCCAGCUGCUCAUCUGGUACGGCGUCGACGUGGCCGCCAGGGACGCGCGGGGGCACACGGCGCUCGUGCACGCGCGUCGCGCCAACAGCGCCGAGUGUGCGGAGCUCCUCAUUCAGCACGGCUGCCCUGACGAGGCCGCGGCGGCGGCGGCGGCAGUGGUCGCCGCGACAACAUCAACAGCAACGGCGGCGACGACGACGACAGCCGCCGCGACAGCAACGCGCGGCUGCAACUCCAACGUCGGCAACAGCAACGCGGCGUGCGGCCGCGGGGACGCCAAGGCGUCGACCAGCAUCGUGUGAUCGCCCGUGGAAAACUAACGAUCGCUCGCGCCUCUCGCUCCCUUCCCCCGCCCGCGUCCCGUGCCACCGUGCGGUCGGCCGUGGCUUUUACGUCUUGAAACGUUUCGCCGAUGGGUCGCGUCGACGGGUCGGUUGGGAUCGGCGUGGUGGACGUCGCCGCCUCCUGCCAAGCCGGGCGACGUGGCUGGGAGAAGAGCUCCCUGCCUCUGAACCUCCAGCGCUACUGCCUGCCGCCUUCGCUACAUCGCGAGCAUUCCGUUUCGGCUCCGAAAUCAACGGGAUGUAUUUAAGCCUGCGUGUGUAUAUGCACGUGUAUCCUUGCAUGGCGAGCGCCUAUGAAGGCCGGCACGGCACACGAGCGGGUGGGUGGCCGGCCAGCACCACGCCCGACCACGUUUGUCUCCCUCGUGGUGACGUAUACACAGCGCAGCAGGUACUCAUUUUAGG